GAGAACUCGCGUCCGGAAUAUGAUGGUGUCCGAGGAACGGGGCUGCGCUCUACUGCAGUAGUAAACGAAGAAACCACAUGCAGGAUUCACCGCGAACAAAUACUAGCGGCAGAGAAGAUGAAAUUGUGGUUUUAGAAGUGAGAGAUGAUCAUGAGAGACAAAGAGAUGACAACAAACAUCUAGAAUCGCCACGGCCAAAACUUGUAGAAAAAUUUCAGCAAGAGGAAGAUGAAAUAGAAGUAGAGGAACGACAAACGAAGGAAUCGUUGGAAGAAAAUAAGAAGGAAGAAGAGAAAGAUGAAAUGAAAGAAGAAGAAGAAGAAAAAGAAUCGGUUCGAGAAGAUGAAAAUAAGCCAAAACAACAAGAAAACGAAGAAGCGAGAGAUGAUGUUGAAGUUGCAUCUCGAGACGUCGAGAGAGAAACGAGAAAAGGAAAAGAAACAAUCGGAUCGAUUUCUAAAGCGUCAGCUGUCAUCAACGAGCAAAUCGUCACUUCUCCCAAAUCUAUCGGUGAAGAAGAGAAGAAUUCGAAGCAAGACAGCGCAUCCUCGUCCGAUGUCGACAAUCGAACGAAGCAACAACGGUCCGACUUUGAUUGCAUGACUGCCAAUCCAGUCGACAUGUCAUGUUCGAGUUCAGCGAUUGGUAAGUUGUCUUGUACUUCUAUCUGCGUGCUGUCUGUGUAUGAAUCAUCUUCUCUUGUCAUUUAG